AAACUCAAGCCAGCUUCACUUGAUGGUUGGAUCGAAAAAGCGCUUCGUUUUUUUGUUUUCCUCUGUGAAGCGUUUAGCUGUCAGUUUGUGUGUUCCCCAGCCGGUGCAGAAAGCAAUAGCAAAACAAAACAGUCGACUCAUUGCCUUGUCUUAUUCAAAUUGUCCCGGGGCGAAAGUGAAGUUAGUGUGCGGUUUUUCCCCCGUUUUCCACAACCAAACCAGCGUCAUGUUUUCCUUCAAGCGAGAGAUCGACUUCACCGGCUACAGCUUUAUUGUGCCCUCGGUCAGCGUGGGCAACGUGCCGCAGCUCGCAGCCGAUGCCGUGAUCGAGACGCUCCAGCUAGAACCGAUCGGCCUGCUUUGGUCCCCGGCCCUGGUCCCGAUCGUCGGUGCGCCAGCGUUUGAGCACACGGGCGGUAGCGAUGCGAUAACCACCACGGCUGAGCUGUACGUUUCGCAGGAGAAGAAACUGCUGGUGCUGCAGCUCCGGGCGCCGCUGGUCGGUCCGCUCCGACAAACCUUCCUGGAUGAGCUGGGCGAUUUCGUGCGCGAUCGGAAAUUCUCGCACGCCAUCCUGCUGUCCAGCUGCUUCUCGCACGAAAAGUUCGACAUCCGCACCGGACCGUUCCGGUACGUUGCGAACGAGCAGUACGAAGCGCAGUCGCCGGAUGCGGCCCACCUGAAGGACGACCGCUGGACAAAGCAUAGCGGCGGCGUCAUCCACGGGGGAGGCUUCGCCUCGAAGCUGCUGGACGGGCUUACCGCGCGCCAGGUGCCGGCUGUCGUUUUCUUCAUGUACGUUUCCGAGGGUGAUAACACGGCGGAAGGAUUGAUGCUGGCCCGCAUGUUGAAUGCGAUCAGCGGCGAGCGUUUGCUGGCGUCCGAGCGGACCGACUUCCGAUGGCCCAGCUCGUGGAAGCAUCUGUUCGGCACAGCCCAUCCGAGAACGUUGUAUUGAGGUGGCGGUGGCCCGAUCGGUUCACGAUGUAUCUAAAGCAUUCGUUUUAAACUUACUGUACAAUAUGGGUGGCGUAUUGAGGCGGGAAUACAACACUGUGGGGAACAAAUAAAGAAGCAUCGAUAUAUGUAUAUCUCUAAAAGAGAGCAAAUGGAACUAAAA